AUGACAGACAAGAAAAUUCUCUUACUUGGAUCAGGUUUUGUUGCCGCUCCUUGCGUUGAAUACCUUGCUCGCAAGCCUGAAAAUAAAAUUACCAUUGCCAGUAGACGUCUUGCGAAUGCACAAGCUUUAUCUAAGCAAUUCCCGGGUACCACUGCUGUCUCUUGUGAUAUCAACAAUGCUGAGGAAAUUGAAAAGUUAGUGGCUGAACACGAUGUUGCUAUCAGCUUGAUUCCUUAUAUCUACCAUGCUUUAGUUAUUAAGGCUGCUAUCAAACACAAGAAACACGUUGUCACCACUUCCUAUGUUUCUCCUGCCAUGAUGGAACAUGAUCAAGCUGCUAAGGAAGCUGGAAUUACUGUUAUGAAUGAAAUUGGUCUUGAUCCUGGAAUUGAUCAUCUUUAUGCUGUCAAGACAAUUGAAGAAGUUCAUAACGAAGGUGGAAAGAUUAAGGAGUUUAUUUCUUUCUGUGGCGGUUUGCCUGCACCUGAAGAUUCAAAUAACCCCUUUGGUUACAAGUUCUCUUGGUCUGCUCGCGGUGUUUUACUUGCCUUGAAAAAUACUGCAAGAUAUCUUGAGAAGGGUCAAGUUGUUGAAGUAUCCGGUACUGCUCUUAUGGAUUCUGCCAAGAAGCUAAAUACCGGUUACCCCGGUUUCGCAUUCGUUGGUUACGGCAAUCGUGACUCUACCCCUUAUGACAAACGUUACAAUAUUCCCGAAGCCGAAACCAUCAUUCGUGGUACUAUUCGUUAUGAUGGCUUUUGUCAAUUUGUCAAGGCUUUGGUCAUCCUUGGUUUCUUGAGUGAAGAAGAAGAAGCUCACUUUGCCGCUGAUGCUCAGGAUAUAACAUGGAGUCAAGUUCUUGCUAAGAUCGUGGGAACAGACGAUACUUCCGCUGAAACUUUGCAAGCUGCUAUUAUUGCUAAAUGUGACCUUGAAAACAACGACCACAAGCAACAAAUUUUGGACGGUAUGCGCUGGUUAGGUUUCUUCUCUGAUGUAAACGUUCAUCGCCGUGGCACCUUGCUCGAUACUUUCUGUGCUACUCUUGAGGAUAAAAUGCAAUAUGGUGAAAACGAACGUGAUUUGGUUUUCUUGCAACAUCGUUUCGAAAUUGAAUUGAAGGAUGGCUCUAAGCAAACACGUACCUCUACUUUGGUUGAGUACGGUAAGGUGGGUGGUUAUUCUGCUAUGGCGACGACUGUCGGUGUUCCUUGCGCUAUCGCCACCCAACUGGUCUUGGACGGUAAAAUAACAGCUACUGGUGUUCUCGCUCCCAUGACCAGCGAAAUUAACAACCCUAUCAUGGAAUUAUUAGAAAAGGAGAAUAUUGGUAUGAUUGAGCGAAUCUUGUAA